UAACUAUAGGUUACGAAUCAUGGUCUUGAAUAAUUUAUUAUGUUUUGCUCUUCGAAAACAGGAUAGUAUAUUUAAAUACAAUAAAAAAACAAUGUUGUUUGAUGUUUUUAAAUAACAGCUCUAAUAUCAUAUGAAAUAAGUGUCCCAUUUGUAAAAGUCACUAAUAUUAAUAAAACCCAACAACUUUAAAGAACGACGUAAUCAUAAUGUUUAAUGUAUAUGCUUUAUAUAAAAUUAUAGAUCUAUUUAUAUUUUUUAUUCACUUAUACUGUUUACGAUGUACUUAAUUGUAGUAUUGCUCUCACAAUAUUUUCAAUUUUUUAACAUACUCAUGAUUAGAAUAUAUCUCGCCGGAUGUUUAUCAUUUUGGUAGACAGCUGAUUAUGUGAACAAGAUGGUGAUGGUAAGAUUGGUAGAGUUGUUCGACACAAAUUUCUUGUCUGUUGACUUGAAAUUUUUCCUAAAUUCUACGAAAGGAGAAGUUUGGCGAGAGUUUGGUUAUGGAUACAACCCAAACUGUUUUGCAAACCCAAGUAUGUAAGAUAAUUAAUAAGAAAGUCAAUAUAUCGCCAGAGAAUGACUUGAAUGGGGAUCAAUGUUGUGCUACGAACAAACUCGAAAUUGGCAAUAGCGUCAAUGGUAUCGAAAGUGGCUGUAAGCCUAAAUUUAGGCCUAAUGUCAACUUCAGAUGUACGGAAAACAGGAAUCGUAGUAAUACUAUAGGAUAUGAUCAAGGGGAUCGUCGUUGCGUACAAUCUGCAGGCGAACUCUCAAACGUUAGUCGGAAUUGCAUGAAUUCUCCCAAUGACAUAAAAGAGCACGUGUCAAGAACAUCAUCAGUAUCAUCACUUGGGAAAAAUAAAAAGGAAGCUGUUAGUGUUAAUGAUAAUAACAUGAAUAAAGAGGUUGCCUCAAAGUCAGAAAACAUUAAAGCUUGUUUACAAAAUUCAGUGAGUGAAGAUAUAAAGAAGAAAAUAGAAAGAAUUUUGGAAGAUGUUGGACAACUUUCAGAUGUUGAGAAACUGUUGUUGUACCUGCAGUUACCAAGUGGUGUCCAACCAGAUAUUGAUCCACUCAAACAAAAAGUCUCUGGAAAUCCACUUGGCAAGAAAGCAGAAGCUGAAGUAGCUCAGACUCUUACAUGGAUCACAACUCACCUGGAGGAAGAUCCAGAUGUUUCUCUCCCAAAACAAGAAGUAUAUGAAGAGUACAGAGUAUUUUGUGAAGCCAACAAGAUUGAGCCAUUAUGUGCAGCAGAUUUUGGAAAAGUGAUGAAGCAUGUUCUACCAUCUGUGAAACCUCGUCGGCUUGGAACUCGAGGAAACUCAAGAUAUUGCUACUCUGGACUAAAAAAAAAAUACUUGUGGAUACCCCAUUAUUACCUGAUCUGGAUAUCAGUGGGGACUUGCAACCUGCAAAGUUCUCCCAAGUACGGAUUUAUUCUAAUUUUAAAGAAAUGGAUAAUUUCUAACAUUAACAGUGAAGAUGAUCAUUGUAGUACGGCAGCAUGUCAUCUCCUUUUUGAAUGGACAGAAAAUCUGUUAAACAGAAAAUUCAGGUCUGUUAAAGAAUUGGCUUACUUCCUUGUGGAAAAUAUGUAUGUAGAUAAUCAAUCAGUUGCAGCAUUUACCAUUCUGUCUUCAGGCUGUGGAAAUGACUCUGAAAAAGGUCAAAUUGGUAUACUGAAACAUAUGCCUGGAAGUCGUAGAAAAGAAACACAAAUGCAUCUUCAGAGGAAGCUACACAAAAAAGAAUUGAUUAAAGAACAAAAAAGAAAACUCGAUGAGCAACAGACUGUUGUUUUCAAAACACAAUCCUCCAAGUCUCUAUUAGGCAAUAAAACACCUGAAAUUAAUACAAAGUUGAAAUCCAAAUUACCUUCAAACCCUUUAGAGAAACACUGCAUACUUACUAAAUUUGCUGAUGAUGUUUCAAGUUCUAGAAACAUAAAGGCAGAACAGUUAAUGACAUCAAGUCCUGAAUAUGUUUAUGAUGCAGAUGACGAAAAGCGAGAAAGACACAAGUCAGAACCAUGCAUUAAAUCUGCUAGUGCCAGCAGUAUGACAUGGGAAAGAGCAUUGUCUGCUGCAAGAAUUUGUGAAAAUUCUGAUGAGGAAAAACCAAAAAGUGUAUUAGUAAAUUCUAUCAGAGAUUGCUUUGGAAGUAUGCAUAGUCCAAAUGAAUAUUCAACAAAAAUUAACAAGUUACCAAUACCAAGGAAUAGUAAUAAUGUUUCAAUAACUCAAGCAAUGCCCAGUAUCAUUAUUGUGCCCUCUACAUUUUCACAUUAUGUUCAAGUUCAAUCACAGUGUCCUGCUGAGCUUUCUCAAAAGUUAAGUGCAUGGAAGUAUAAAAAAAUCCAACCUAAACCAGUGUCUGAAGGAACAAGAUUAAGCUCUUUGCAGUUUAAAAGAAAUUUCUCAAUACUUAAAUAUAAUUUGCAAAACAAACUUGAAGGCCAUGAAAAGCAAGAUGUGCCCUUAAUUUCAGAUCAUCAUCUAAGAGCUUCAUGUAGUGAAAAAGGUGGUGUGUUAUGCAAACCAAAUACUUCUGAAAUUGAAGAUUUAUGUGAUGACAAUCAGAAAGCAGAUGAAUUGUUUGAAAAAAAUUAUAUAACAUUUAUUGAAGAUUCUGAUGCAGUAACUUCCAAACCAGAUGAUCUCAGUUUGUUAAUGAAGGACAAAUUAGAAAACAUUACAUUGUCUUCUUCUGAUAUACAUCCUUUAACUUCUGUGUCCAGUAGUAGUGAAUGUGAUGAUUAUUUAGGAUUUGAUGACCACACAGAGUUAAAGUUUCCUGUAGUUUCAGUGAAUUCAGCCAACAACACUGAUUUAGAAUUAUAUUGUGAACCCAGUCAACAGACGAUUAAACGUCAUUUUGAUGAAAAUGAUCCAAAUUUGAAAAAAUCGAAAAAACCUCAUUUAGAAUCAGCAAAAAAUGAACCAGAAAAGUCAGGGGAUGAAAAAUGUUUACCUUGGACAAAAUUGAAAUUUCAUAAUUCUUUAGUAAGAAAUUGUGGCUUGGGUCUAAUUGGACUUGGAAGUACUUGUGUAUCUGAAAGUGGUAAUCUUAUUUUAAAGCAAACAGAUAAUGAGGAUGUAAGUAUUCAUGAAUUGGAGAGUGAUGCACUGAUGGAAUAUAUGCAGGAAAAUGAUUCAGACUUUUCAAAACCAAAUAAACAUACAUCAGUUUCAUGUACAAGCCAGAAUGGGACAACUCAUUUUUCAGCAAAUUGCCCUAUCUCAAAAAGUAAUGAUUCAAGUGAGAAUAACCAGCUUUCACAGUUGAGGAUGUUAUUGGAAAAAAACUUGCCUCACACUGUUGCACAAGGGAUUUUAAACACAAAACGGUUGAACUUGUUAACAUCUGAAGAAAUUGUGAAAAAUUCUAAUAAUAAGUGUGCUGAAGAUAAAACGAUAAGGAAAGAAGGGUGUCUUGACAACUUUAGUGAGUUACGGCAAGCACUCUUAAGACCUGCCAUUUCAAAUCCAACAGUUCUGUGGAAACCAUCAUUAAAGGGCAGGAAGACAGCCUACAUAGGAAAUGUGUCUUCAAGAAAUCAGACUAAACAUAAUGAGAAAAUUUGUGAAAUGAAUAUGACACCACCUCAGCCAUAUUUUGGGGACAAUAAAGUUGUUCCAUGCUUUUCAGGACCAGGAACUAAGAAAGAUGAAGCAGAGCCAAGAUCACAGACUUCAUAUUUAUUCCAAGAGCCUAAAGAGCAAGAUCUAGGUAAAACUGGUAUUUGUUCAAAUUUUACUGAUGUUCAGACUAAGAUUGGUUUAUACACGAGUGGCAUUAAAGUUAAGAAUCAGUUGUCAGGAGAUUUGGAUUCUUUUACACAUCUACAUUCAGUACUUCGAUGCCCAGAUGCUCGACGAAGAUCUUUUAAUUUUGUUCCUAUAACAGCACACCAGACUCCACACCCAGAUACAGCAAGUAAUUCAGUUUCUGCUUCUACAGUUCUCUCUCAUGGAGAUUCAUCUAUUUCAACAGGAACUGGUAUUGGAGCCAUUGGAUCUUCCCAGCCUCCUAGUGCUGCAAGUAGCCCCUUUGUUUCUCCUAACACAACACCAACACCAUGGGCCACACGUUCACGUCAUAGUUCAGGCCAAAUUUCACAUGGAGCAACUAGAUAUACUCCAUUCCAAAGCAUAGAUUCUGGAGUGUCUUCAGUUACAGAUUCUCCUUUUGUGUCACCACAUGCAACCCCUGCAUCCAUUAGUAGGCUUAGACAUAAUUCUAGCCACAGCCAAGGAAAGACUGUCACAUUUAGCACAGGACCUGUCAUUAUGCAUACUCAACCUACUCACCAUGGGCAUAUAAAGAGAUCAAGACAUAGCUCAGGUCCUGGUUGUUCUCUUUCUGUACAGCCUGCUACUUCUCAAUUAGCAGCACCUAGAAGUGCUCCAUUGUCCCCAAUGAAUGGAGAAAUUUCUUCACAGUAUCCUUUCAAUCUUCCAAUUGUUAGUGGAACUCCAGUAAUUCAUUCUUUUCACAACUCAACUUCCAGUUUAAAUCCAUUAUCUCCAGUUUCAGGUCACUUUUCUCCUAAUGAACAUGUGAAAACAGAACUGUUAGGACUUUCUGAUGUUAAGCUGGCUAAUGAUACACAAAAUGUUUACCCACCCAUGCCACUUACUUUUGUCAUGGAAGAUAGUGAGACUCCAAGUUUCAAUCAAGAUACCAUUUCAGUACAAAGCCUUCACCCACACCUGUCAGCUCUUGAUGUACCUGAUACUUCAUUACAAACACAAACUGGAUGGACAUCUACUUCUAGUCAUAAGAAUAACCAGUUAUGGUGUAGAAGUAGGCAAAGGCAUGUUUCUGGAUCAGUUCUUAACCCGUACUCUGCAAAUGAGAAUAAUUUUUGUGACCCACUUACACAAGAACUGCAGAAUGUUUUGAAAAAUCCAUGCCAUAUUAAUAUCGGAAAUCGCAGUCAUUCAGUACCACCUCAUCAAAUGGUUCAGAAUUUUCUUAAUCAGAAUGAUAAUUCAGAUCUAUUUGAGGAAGAUCUCUCCAAGUCUCAUCCUUCUACUCCAGUGGUUAGUCAGUCUUUAAACUUUCCUUCUCCUUCUAUAUCACAUGCAGAUGAGCUAACAAAAUACAACACUGUUUUAUCUGAUAGCUUAUCUCAACAAGACCAUCUACAAGCCCCAGUCAACCAAAGUACUAAGUGGAACAGUUUUGAUAAUGACUGUGAUAAUAUGGAAGACAUUUCAUUAAGAACAAUUGUAAAUGACCUGUUGCAUGACCAGCCAUUAGAAGAUGACCUGCAAGCCACUUUAGAAGAUCUACAAGCUUGUGAUGAUUUUUCUAAAUUUGCUGAAGAACUGGAAGAAGAUUUUAAGAAUAACAUGGAAUUAGUGAUAUGAAAAAUGUUUUUUAUAAAAAUGUAUGAACUGCUGUCUAAAAAUAUCUAUAUAUGCAAAUUUUUACACCAAUUUAAAUAUGCUUUAUGAUGUUGAUUAUUUCUGCACUAUUUGAGAAAUAUUGUUGACUCAUCAUAAUGGUUUGUUUUCGUAUUAAUAAGAUGGUAUAGUGAAUUUUUGGACCGUUCAGCUGUAGCAGGAUUGAAAAAAAGUCAUUAAAGCACAACUUAUAAAUCUCAAGAAGUAUUACAGUAGUGGUUAAUUGUGGAAUAGUAACCAUAUUUUCAGGGAGUAAAUUGUGUGAAGCAUAUGUAUGAUCUAAUAAAACUCCAGUAAACUUACAGAUGUUUAAUGUAUUAUUUAAUAAUUUUCAAAUAAAUAUACAGUAGAAGCUAGCAAAAAUUCAGUAACAAGUUGAAGAGGUGUAGUUUACAGAGUUGCAUUUCUUCGUGAUAAAAUUUUAAAGGCAUAGAAUGGUGACAUACAUAUAAACUUAAUUAAUAACUUUUGUAUGAAUUAUGUUUUAAUAUCUUACCCUAUUAGUGUAACAUUUGUAUAUGUUAAUUAAGUAUUCAUAUUUUUUAUACAACCAGGCUGAAUCUGAAGUGGCAUUUCUAUGGGACAUGUUUUAGUUUAUAAGGUUUGUGUUCUUUUUCUUUUUUCUACAUUUUUUUUUAAUUUUCUAACAAAACCAAUGAAAUUAAUGGCAACAAAGAAAAGAAUGGUACAACAUGUCGUGGAUACUAAUGAAAAGUUUUAAAAAGGAGGAUGAACAAAGUGUUCUAAAGGUAAACACAAGUGAAGUACUUGAAACUUUUUAAAGUGGAUACUUUUGUUGUACUUGGUAAUAAGUAGCUGGUGAGCAUUGUUAAUAAUGUAAAUCAAGAGUUACCUUAUUUUGCCAAUAGUCCUAUAAUUUAUCUGGAGUAUUGUAUAGGAUAUGCAACAACUGAAAAAGUAACUGUAUUUAAUCCUUAUUUUGUUACCUUACAGCAUCUUCAGGGGUAUAUGUAAUUAAAUAGAUGGUAGGUGUAUACAUUUGAUGCAUAGGGUGCAAGGUUUUGAAAUUCUUCCAUAUAUUAUUUUUUUCAAAACUUGCCUGAUUUUAAGGGACUUGAGAAACAAAAAGAAAGUGGCAAUGUAUUUUGAUGAAUGUUUAAUUUCUUUCAUUUCACUUCAAAACUGCACAAACUCAAUGACAACUAACAAGGUUAAAACACUUUACCUUGGAAACAGUUUAGGACAUUUAUGUUAUGAAGUAUGGUAUGUGAUACUUAUGUCCCACAAUUAUUGUGAAGUGUAUAUACAUAUAUAUAUAUGUGUGUGUGUGUGUCUAUACACACUAAAAUAAUAAGACAAAACAUAAAUAGUGAUACUUAAUAUAAUUAUGAUGUAUUGUGAAUCUUUUAUAUAGGUGCUUGUAUUUCAAAUUGAAUAAAGAAAGCUCAUAUGAGACCCAAAUACAAAUCUGGAAUUUUCACGUACAAGUUAAAAGUCCUGGAAAAUUACAAAGUUUGCUUAAAUAGUGUGAUAGAGGCUUCAAAUACAGAUUACAGUAAGUUGUAAUGUUCAAUAAAGGAAAUCAACAAAAUUAUAUUUUGCAACAGUUUCUUCUGUGUAAAAGUUCUGCACAUUUAUUAUGUCCAAAGCAUACCACUCCUCCUUGCUGCUUUUAAUAAUCUAUUUAGUGUAGGAAGUUCAUAUCUGUGCUUGGUCACAGAAAAGAAAAAAUAUUUUUCAUACUUAGUGGAAAAACUGUAGUUCAUAUUUUGAGCUAAUUAUAAAUAUAUAAAUGUUAUGAUAUGUAAUUCAUUUUGAAAGUAUCAUAUGAUAGCCUUUUAGACUCAAGAAUAACAAAUGCAUUAAUCAUCAAAUGUUAGUGAUAGUUGAUCUUGUUAAACGAUAUUUUGCAAAAGUAUGUUAGAGGUUUUGUGAGGAUGCAGGAUAAUAGUACUCAACAGAAAUGUUUUUUUCUAACAAAAUGAGGUGUAGUUUCAAGCCCAGGUAUCACCAUCAUUCCUUUAAUUUUUCAUCCAGUAUGUCAUACUUAGUGAUGUAUAUGCAUAUUUUAAGUCAGCUUAUAUCCUCUAGCACAUUGUUUAAUGUAAUUUGAUUUGAACACUCAUUACACAAAAGCUUGAGAUUAGUGUGAAUGAAUACUAAUAUAAUAUUUUUAAAAUGAUAAAAUACUUUAUGUAAAGAAUUUGAUAGUGAAACUUUUUUUAUUCUCAAGCAUUGCUGCCAUUUUGUACAUCAAAUGUUUCCCCUCAAGAAGAGUGUACAUGCUUUUUCUUGGUAAAUCUCUAAAUAGAGGUAUUCAUAACAUUCACUCACAUGCCAAAAGCAAGAAUUGGUAGGCUUAUGUAAGAAGAGAUAUUCAGGUGGUUUUGCUACAUGACUGCUCUAUUGCAAGUUUGAAGUAUGUAGGGUGAAUAAAUUAUAUUAAAACAUUUGUUGAGCCUCAGCAUAUUUUUUAGUCUGUUUCUGAUCUCCAGUCAUUCUCUAUCUCAUGACUGUGCAUCCUGAUGAUAGCCCUAUAAUUUCCAUUGCAAAAGGCUUCAUCAUAAGGCUGUCAUGUCCAUAGCACACUACUCCUCCCUACUGCUUUCCAUAAUCUAUCUACCAUUGGAGAACAAUGGUUUUCCAGUGCUCAUUUUAAUAGUAUGAUCACACAGAAACUCAUAGGUCCUGCAUCUAGUGACUUGAUCUUUAUGUCGUUGUAUGGAAUAGCAUGACUACCCCUAUCAUUCUCCAGUUUCUUGAGAUACAUGGCAGUUGAAUGGACAUGGCAUGGAAGUAACUUGUGUACACAUGACUUCUGUUGCUUUUCCAGGUGGAGAUCUUUCUUGAUUACAUUGCAUACUGUUGUCUGGGACACUUGGACAGCUUUUGCCACAGAUUUUUGUGUUCAUAGAUUCUAAUCUAUUACAAGAUGUUGCACUUUGCUCACAACUGCUGGGGUAGGACUUGUUUCUUUCUUGAUGAUCCUGGUGCUAAAAUUUGAUUCAUAUUCUUUUGUUUUCCAAUGGCAUUAAGUACAAGGGCUAUCCACAUCUCGGAAAUUCUAAAUCUCCGAUAUGAACACAUUGUUAUGAUCCGAGUGUAUGAAUAUUGUUACGUCAGAAGGGACUGUUACAUACCCUUUCCAAAAGCAAUCAGUUGUAUCGCAUAUGAAAUUCAAACAAUACCAAAAUGUAGGACUUAUACAUUCUAGUUCACUACAACUUUAUUUUGGCUGUGGUUGUUAUGUGACUUGCUUACAUGCAUAUUCAAAAUCAUCUUAUUAUAACAUUACUCAAUUCUUUGUGGGUGUAAUAUAAGCUCGGCUUACAUAUAAUUUUCCAAUUUGGUACAACUCUCCCUUGGUGCAUUCGUAUGCCUAUUUUUCUUUGUAGGAUAUUCUUCCUCAGUUUUUACAUCAUGUUUUGAGCAUAUUUAUUGCAUCAAUAUAUAAAACAAUGUAUAAAGUGAGAUAGGUAGAUGUCUGCUUAAUGUUAGAGGGUAUUAAGCAGUCAUUGAUAUAAAACUAAUGAUAACUUUAUAAUAUUGGUUAGUUGAUCUUCAGCUAGUGCAAAAAUUGUUUGAACCCUAAAGAGAGCAAGUUGACGUAACAAACUUCACAUGUAAUUUUAGUUUCUCAUUUGGACUGGAAGCAUUCUCAAGCUGGAUAUGGUCAUUUCUCACAAUUUUUGGUGGAAUUUAGAAUUGCAAUUAGCAUCUAAAAUUGUAUUAUUCAGUAAAUAAGCUCCAUUUUUCUGACUAAUUCAUAUUAUUUUUCAAAAAUGGUUACAGAAUGAAGUUAAGAUUUUAACAUAUAAUUUGCUAUUGUUA